AGCCUAGCCGCGAACUACUACACGACUGACACGACCGACUCAUCCUCCACCACCAACGAAGCUUCCCCACGACCAUUCAAAAGACGGCCUAAUUACAAGAGACAAUCGCCGCUCGAAUUCUUCAACCGAUCUUCCAGCAAACACCCAAGGGAUCGAUUUGCAGCCCCGGCGGGGCCGUUCAUACCCAGCUCCGAUUUCGAUACCCGUCCGAAACAAGUACACCACAGCCCACCUUCCAACAACAGCCAAGAUGCCGACCGCCGGCCUCAAGACCAUCAUCGCCCUCUCCUUCGUCCUCGCCGUCGGAUUCCUCCUCGUCAUUCUCUCCUGCGCCCUCUGGAAGGUCUACUACCCGCUCCUCGUCGUCGCCACCUACGUGCUGGCCCCGAUCCCCAACUGGGUCUGUUCGCGAUGCACCAACCCUGAUGACUUUGGCGAGGGUUCCGGCUCUGCCGUACUGGAUCUCGGCCGUUUCUGCACCGGCUUCAUGGUGGUUAUGGGAAUUGCCCUGCCCGUCGUUCUCGCCCACUCCGAUCUCAUCCAGGUUGAAGCCAUGGUCAUGUCGAUAAUCGGCGGUCUCCUCAUUUACGGAACCAUCAUCAGCUUCGGCAUGUUCUUUCAGGAGGAGCAGGAUUUCUGACUAGGAUCGGGAGCAGCGACUCAGGACACCUGAUACAGCUAUGAAUAGGCGAAGGAGAAGUAGUGUCACCAGCAGCAGCAGCAGUGACGAGAAGGGGGGCAUACGCAUUUCAACGAAAUUGGCGGCAGACAUGUAUAGUACGACGAGCCGAGGUCGGAAACCAUCGUGGCGCUCGGGUUCGGGAAUCCGGCAAAGUGGGACUUGGAUCGGGGUGCGCUUUUACUUGGAGGCUUCAUAUGUAUAUCCAGCAUCAUUCCGUCAGGCGGGCGUUUCCUCUUUUUUUUCUCGCUUUUGUUAUGCAACGACAACCCCAUCUAAUUCCCCAAUGACCAACUGCGGAAGCUGAUAUCGCGAAACAUGGAUUAUUUUA